AUGAGCAAAUUGAAAAAGAAAAAUACGAAUCUUUUAGAAUCAUUAACUAAUGGAGAUAUUAUUAAUUUAAUAAGAAAAUGCUAUAAAGAUAAAUUGUUAUAUGGUCAUGUGAAAUGGAAAGAAUUAAAUAGAAAGCAAUAUAGCAAACGGUAUUCAGUUAAUACUUUUAAAAAUAUAUGGAGAUUAAUAAAUAAAAAUUUUGAUAACUAUUAUAAAGAAUAUGAAGGAAUAAUAAAAGAAAUUGAAAUAGACACCAAAAAUAUUUUAUCAAAAAAUAAAAAUAUAAAAAAAAAUAAAGAAAAAUUAAAUUCAUUAUAUCCUCUAAAAUCAAGAAUAUCUAUAUCAAAUAUUUCUUUGUUAAGAAAUUUUUCUCGAGUUAAUAGUUUUUUUUUCAAAUGUUGUAGCAAUUAUUAUAGCCCACUUAAUAGUGUUUUAUCAAAUAGCAAUAAAAAAUUUUCAAGUGAUAGUAAACCAUUAAGAGAUAAUGAAAAUGAUGUAAAAAAAAUUAAUUAUAUAAAAAGAAAUAUUAUAGACAUUAAAAGACAAAGUGAAUUUUUAGAUUAUUAUUUUUUAGUAAUUUCUUUAAUUCAUCAAGGAAAAAAAUUUGCUCUUUUAAGAAAGAUGGAAGAAUUAUAUGAAAAUAAAUUAAUAAAAUGUUGUAAUAAUAAAAAUUAUGUUUAUAAUAGUUAUAUUUUGAAUUUUAUAAAAAAAAUAUACGAAGUUAGUUUGGUUACUAACAAUAUAAAAAAUAUAUCAAAAAUGGCUACACAAAAUUUAGAAAAAAAUUUUGGUAGUAGUAGUAAAUUCAUUGAUUCAAAAAAUAUCGCUAUAAUUGAGACAAAUGAAAAUUCUUAUCAAUUUAAUAAGAAUUUAUUAAAUUAUAAAAUAUUUUAUAACAUAUUUAAGAAUAAUAUUAAUUUAAAUAAUAAUAAAGUAAUUUCUUUUAUUAUUCCUUUACCAAAAAAGCCUAAUCACUUAACUUUUAAAAGCAAUAAUUUCUAUUAUUUUGAUGAACCAAUUUACCCUAAUAACAGUUUAGAUGAAGAUAUUUAUAAUUAUAUUUAUAUUUUUCAUAAAUUUUUUCUUUCCUUUUUGUUUUGGUCUUUUUAUCUAAAAUACCAAGGAAUAGAAAAAAUGAAGAUAUUAUUUAACAGGGAACUAGAAGAGUUGCAUUCAUUUAUUGAUAACAAUGAUAUAAAAAAAGAAGAAAUAAUAGAACAAAAAAAGAAUUAUAAUAAAAGUAGCACAACAUAUACACUAAUGUUUGAUUUCAAAAUUGAUCAUGUAAUUUCUCUAUGUCUUUAUAUUUUUAAAAUUUAUUUAAAAAAGAGAAGAAAAAUGGACUUAAAUUAUCUUAGAGUUAUAAAAAUUUUGAAUUUAUCUCUUCAUCCUACAUUAAAAAAAAAAAUUAUUCGUUAUUAUAUCAUGACAAUUAAAUAUAUUUAUGGUAUUAUUUUUAAAUUGAUAUCAAAAUAUAAAAAAAAGAAAUUGAACAUAAUUAAAUAA